AUGGAAAUCUCUACUCUACGCUUGCGAAACAGAAAACGAAAUAGUAACAAUCUACAUUUAAAUCUUUGCAAAUCUAAAUCACGUAAUUCCAGUACUGUUAAAUCAGAAGCAAAUGCAACUACUAGCAAUGUUUCAUCUAAUAUUAUUUCAAAUGAAGAUGAAGCUGAAAACCAGCAUUUUUCCGAUGAUCUUCAAGAGGAUGAUCCUCAAGAGGAUGGUGAUUCUUAUUUUUCUGACCUGCAAGGCUUUGACAAGUCUGAUGACCAAGAUGAUUACCAGUCUGAUAGUAAUUACUCUGAUCAGCAAGUUUUUGAUGAUUCCAGUGAUCUAUUUGAAGAAAAGGACAAGUUUUCAGAUGAAAUUAAAGCUGCAAACUUUAUAUUUGAAAAACCAGCAAGUCAGCUUCCACAAAAUCUUGAAAAUAUAUUUAGUCCAUAUUUUGCAAAUUUUACUGAGAUGUCUUUGUUUACUUGGGUAACAAAGCACUCUAUUUCAACUGUGGCAUUUCAGGAACUUGUGACAGUUAUUUCAAAUGACCAAUUUAAUCUUCUUGAUAUGCCACGGAAUGUUCUAAAAAACUCUAUACUGUUUUCAAAAAUGUAUUUUGGUUCCGGAAUCGAGGGUGAGGAUAGAGCAGAAUUUUGGCAUGGAAGAAUUUGGGCAGAGUCACUUUUAUUUAGUGAUGAUACUCUAAAUAUUAUAUUUCCAGAUAUUUUGCAAUAUUCUAUGAUACCUACUCAAUUUCGUUCAGCUGAACGAUAUUCUAAAUCACAAGGUAGAUAUUUAUGGCUAGCUAAUGAACAAUAUAUAAUAAUGCCAGCUACGAGGAUUCGAAGUCAAGUAAAGGUUUGGCUUAUAGAUCAACCAAGACCAGAAGAACAGGAAUACUUUGUAGAUGAAAUUGUAUAUUAUCAUAAUCAAUCAUGGAAGUAUAUUGCAAAAUCAUCUGACCCAAUUGAUGAUUUGGAAUUUGAAGAUAAUGAAGCAAAUGAUAUGAUUUUUUGCAAUGAUAGCCAUUUUGUAAAAAUCCAUACUCAGAAACCUUGGAAAAAUAAGGAGAUUCGAGAGAGAGGCUUUGGUGGUUGGAACUUUAAUACAGAUAAUAAUAGCCUUCACUUAGACCUAUACAAGGCCUAUUGUGAAGAAUUUAAUAUGUUUGCUGCUUUAAAUACAUAUAAGGUUGCAUUUUUUGACUAUAUUAGUUAUGUUGUUAUGGAAGAUAAUGAUGAUCUUUUAGAACAUAAUGGAGUUAAUUCUUAG